GAUCCAGAACCCCAUCAAUUCAUCUCAAUAACGCACCUUCUAAUGUUGUACAUUGUACAUGUACUUGCGCCAGCUAACGUACGCAGUUGGCGACCUCAUCGGGAACUGCUCCUCCGCCUCCCUGUCGACUGCAUGGUCCAUCUCUUCACUAACUGUUGAUGAACCAUCAUCUGGUUUUGAUCAAAAAGUAAUCUUAUCUAACGGUGAAGAACUGGAGUUGAUGUGCACGUGACAGAGAUGGACCCCAUGAGAAAACCUCACUGGAAGUGACUUAGUUUGCAACUCUCGAGGUGUCACUGUCUCUCUCUCUUUCAAGACUCAUCAAGUUGUAUGGUACUGCAAAGAUAAAAAUGAGAGGUUUUUAAAGGAGAGAAGUUUAAGCUAACACAGCGCAUUAGUCUCCAUUGUCCAUGGAGAUCACACAAACACCUAUCUUUCUUUAGACGUGAUCUCUUUAUAUAUCCAUCGCUAAAGCUUAUAUUAAAGAAAAAAAUAUGUUCUUUCACUUGCCUUUCGUUGCACAGCCACUCAAAUGUUAGAACCAAACUUACCCAUUUAAAGAAUAUUGACAAGUAUUUUACAAGUUGUAAGCUUUUGAAUCAAAGGUUGUAUUUUUAUUUGGAAUCUUUGUGGAUGAAUGUUAAGACCCUUCUGAGGGGAAGUUGAGUAGUGUGAAUCUUUAACAAUGGAUCCGCCAGCAAUGAUGAAUGAGGGUUCGUACAACUUUGCAGAGAUCUGGCCGUUUCAGGUUCAUGGAAGUGGAAAUGCGAAUGAAUCUGGAGGUGCGUUGGGGCUGAGGGAAGUUCAGUUUGGGCAGAAUUUGAGUCAGUUUGUGACUAAUCGAGAAGUUUCUGGUGAGGAUCCGGCGAGUUUGGAGCACAAAGUAGUUCAUGGGAAUGGUUCGAGGAAGCGAUGUGAGGUAGAGGAUGAGUCACCCAAGGUUGUAUCAACAAGCACUGGCAAUGGAGUGAAUGAUUCUGAUGGAAAACGGAUUAAAACAUCUGGAAGCAGAGAUGACAAUCAGAAUUCAAAAGCUGAUGUUGAACCCAGUUCAGGCAAGCCUGUGGAACAAAAUAGCCAACCACCAGAGCCACCUAAACAAGAUUACAUCCACGUUCGAGCAAGAAGGGGCCAAGCUACUGAUAGCCACAGUCUAGCGGAAAGAGCUAGAAGAGAAAAGAUAAGCGAAAGGAUGAAAAUUCUACAGGAUCUGGUCCCUGGCUGUAACAAGGUUAUUGGCAAAGCACUGGUCCUUGAUGAGAUAAUUAAUUACAUCCAGUCGCUACAGCGGCAGGUUGAGUUUUUGUCCAUGAAGCUUGAAGCAGUCAAUUCGAGAGUGAACCCUGGUAUUGAGGUAUUUCCUCCAAAAGAUUACGGUCAACAAGCAUUUGAUAUCAUUGGCAUUCCAUUUGGCUCUCAAGCUUCAAGGGAUCUCAACCAUGGUUCAUCAUCGGAGUGGUUGCACAUGCAGGUUGGUGGUUUUGAAAGAAUGACUUAAAAAAUAAAAGGAAAAAAAAUCCUCAUCAAUUAGUAAUAAGAGCAUUAAAUGGUGAAGCAUCCUCCUCCAGUUGUUGUUAGACAUUGCACCCCAUUAUUCUACAUUAAGAGAGUUCAAAUUCCCAAUUUCAACAUCAAGCAUGGAGAAUAUGAUUGAUGUUCAAAGACUCCUCAAGUUAGUAAACAAAGUUUCUAUCUUGACCUCGUCAUUUGUUUGUAUGUUGGAGACUGAAUUCUUUACUCCACAUAUCUUAUAGAAGGCUUUAUGCUGCACUAAUACGUGAACAGAAUUCGAAGAACAAUCAUUUUCUUGUAUAAGAAUGUUGCAUAUUCUGAAUGUGUGAUGCUUACUUUAAAUUUUAAACUGGGUUUGUUAAGAAGCUUAAGGUGUAUUAAUAAAUUAAGCCAUUUUGGUGUGAUGUUUUCUGGAAA